CAGUUAAGGAGAGGCGGGCGGGACUGAAGCAGAGCCCGAGAACGGGGUUGGAGGUCCCAGGGUCCCGGGUUGGUGGGGGUGGAGCAGCACUUCAUCGCCGCUAGGAUGCUGGGACUCCGGCCGCAGUGCCGCCACCAUCAUGGACUUCCUGUGGGACAAGCGCACGGGCCUGGCCGCCAGAAAGAUGCCUCAUCCUCAAAGGUACCAUUCCUCAGAGCGAGGCAGCCGGGGGAGUUACUGUGAACACUAUCGGAGCCGAAACAAGCAACGAAGAAGCCGUUCCUGGUCGAGUAGUAGUGACCGGACACGACGGCGCCGGCGAGAGGACAGCUACCAUGUCCGGAGGAGGUGCAGCCGGACAUUUAGCCGCUCGUCUUCGCAGCACAGCAGCCGGAAAGCCAAGAGUGUAGAGGACGACGCUGAGGGCCACCUCAUCUACCACGUCGGGGACUGGCUACAAGAGCGAUAUGAAAUCGUCAGCACCUUAGGAAAGGGGACCUUCGGCCGAGUUGUACAAUGUGUUGACCAUCGCAGGGGUGGGGCUCGAGUUGCCCUGAAGAUCAUUAAGAAUGUGGAGCAGUAUAAGGAAGCAGCUCGACUUGAGAUCAACGUGCUGGAGAAAAUCAACGAGAAAGACCCUGGCAAGAACCUCUGUGUCCAGAUGUUUGACUGGUUCGACUACCAUGGCCACAUGUGUAUCUCCUUGGAGCUUCUGGGCCUUAGCACCUUCGAUUUCCUCAAAGACAACAACCACCUGCCCUACCCCAUCCACCAAGUGCACCACAUGGCCUUCCAGCUGUGUCAGGCUGUCAAGUUCCUCCAUGAUAACAAGCUGACACAUACAGACCUCAAGCCUGAAAAUAUUCUGUUUGUGGAUUCAGACUAUGAGCUCACCUACAACCUAGAGAAGAAGCGACAUGAGCGCAGUGUGAAGAGCACAGCUGUGCGGGUGGGAGACUUUGGCAGUGCCACCUUUGACCAUGAGCACCAUAGGACCAUUGUCUCCACUCGCCAUUACCGAGCACCAGAAGUCAUCCUUGAGUUGGGCUGGUCACAGCCUUGUGAUGUGUGGAGUAUAGGCUGCAUCAUCUUUGAGUACUACGUGGGCUUCACCCUCUUCCAGACCCAUGACAACAGACAGCAUCUAGCCACGAUGGAAAGGAUCUUGGGUCCUAUCCCUUCCCGGAUGAUCCGAAAGACAAGAAAACAGAAAUAUUUUUACCGGGGUCGCCUGGAUUGGGAUGAGAACACAUCAGCUGGGCGCUAUGUUCGUGAGAACUGCAAACCGCUGCGGCAGUAUCUGACCUCAGAGGCAGAGGAAGACCACCAGCUCUUCGAUCUGAUUGAAAGCAUGCUAGAGUAUGAACCAGCUCAGCGGCUGACCUUGGGUGAAGCCCUUCAGCAUCCUUUCUUCGCCCGCCUUUGGGCUGAGCCACCCAACAAGUUGUGGGACUCCAGUCAGGAUAUCAGUCCGUGACCAUCAGGCCCUGGGCCUCCCUGCAUCUUUUAUAGCAGUGAGUGUCCAGUCCAGGACAUUGGUGCUUUUUUAUAAAAGAGAACAGAGCCAGAGUUCACUCCUUCCUGCUGGUUCUCUAUAUACCUGUGAAUAUGUGAAACAGUAAAUAUGAAAGAACUUGUACCUAUCACUUCAA